ACUCAGGAAAACAUGCAAAGUAAUAUUAGCAACAUUUAAAUAAAUCACAUGAAAGCAGCGUCAAUAAACGGCCGAGUCUUUUCGCUUUGUCAGUACUGACUGGCAUUUCAAUAAAUAGAUUUAAGAUAAGCUAAAAUAAGAUGAGAUAAUCCUUUAUUAGCAGUGUGGAAAUGUACAGGAUUACAGCAGCGGAGGGUAAGGUGCAAACAAGAGACGUAAUACAAAAAUCUAAAACAAGUAUAAUAAAUAAACAAUUUAAAAAAGUUUGAAAUAAAUAACAUUUAAAGAAACCGCAAUAACUGACAUAUUGUUUAUACACCCAGGCAGAUAACGUAUGGCACAGUGUGUUUAUAUUGCACAGUUUGUGUGUUGUCUACUGGGAGCAGGUUGUGCAGCCUGACACCUGCAUAAUGUGUUUUCUUUUUUUCUAAAUGUCCAAGAAAGUGCUGAAUAACGAUGAAAAUAAUUUACAGCGCUGCCUGACAAAACAAAAGGCCAUUUAUUCCGUUCACUAAUCUGAACCGCUGAUCCUGAUCCUUAAGACAGACAACCACUCACACCCACGGGGCAACUCAGAGGCCAAUUCACCUGAGCGGCAAGUCGUUGGACCGAGACGGCAUGUUACUCACCUGAGCCGGAUGUCUAUGUCCCUGGUGAGCGGCUCCAGAUAGUGCCUGAAUAUAAAUACCUAGGUAUCUACCUCGAUUCAAACCUUUAUUUUAAGAGGCAGGUAAAAAAACAUGGCAACGGUUGUCAGAUUUCAUUCAUUGAAUUUCAAGAACAUAAGAAACUAGAAUGGGCACUCGGUAGAGCGCACACCUUCGCAUAUCACAAGAUUGGGCAUUGCAUUAUGAACAUUUUGGCAUUAGUUGCAUGCCAAUUGGAUAAAAAUUGACCGUGCUAUGGUAAAAAGAAGAUGUUGACCUUUCCAUGACCUUGACCUUUGACCCGAUUGAUCCAAAAAUCUAAUCAAAUGGUCCCCGGAUAAUAAACAAUCAUCCCACCAAAUUCUAUGCGAUUCAAGAAGAUUGACCUUUUUCAUGACCUUGACCUUUGACCUUUUGACCCGAUCGAUCCCAAAAUCUAAUCAAAUGGUCCCCGGAUAAUAACCAAUCAUCCCACCAAAUUUCAUGCGAUUCGGUUUAAUGCUUUUUGAGUUAGGCGAAUAACAUGCAUAAAAAUAAAUACGCGGCGAUCAAAACAUAACCUUCCGCAUUUUCAAUGCGAAGGUAAUAAUCUAACAAUAGAUGCUGCAAAGCUGGACUUUAAUGCAAUUAUCCUCCCAUAUUUGACUUAUUGCCGAACCAACUGGGCUCAAGCCAGCAGCACAACUCUAAAACCAAUUAAAAUCCUUCAUAAGCUCUUAAAAUACUUGAUAAAAAGCCCAGGAGUUAUCACCUCUGUGCAAUUCUAACUAAACACAGUCUCCUGAGCUGGGAUAACAUCACUGAAUUCUCCAAUAUGUGUCUUGUUUUUAAAGUUCUUCAUGAUAUGGCUCCUCCCCCACUUGGUGAAUUCAUCAAACAAAACACGCAGAGUAGUUGACAAACUGGAUCUGUGGAAGAGAGGCGACCGUAUCCUCCCGCUUAGGAAGAGUUCCUUUAGCCAGUCUGUGUUCUCAGUGAAGCAGGACACCUCUUCAUAUACGCACUGAAACAUAUCACUCCUUAAACACGGCCUGAAGAACUGGCUUAUUCACAAUCACAUGUGUGAGCAUGAAGCGUGACUCCCUCCUCAAUGAUUGUGUGUAUGAAAUGUGCGUAUUUAUUGCGUUUUAUUAUGUUUUUAUUGUGUUUUAUUAUGUUUAUUAUGUUUUUUUAUGGUGAGGCCUAUGGUUGAUGAUAACAUGUAUGUUUAUUGCUUUUUAUGAUGUGUUUGUGGUAACCAUUUUCUCCCUUAGUGAUGGCUUCUAAUACUUGGCCACAGGGACUACGGUUGCUAUAAGACUUAGCUCAGACUGACACCUUUACCCCUGGGUGGAUUGAUGUGUACGGUCCCUGUUCAAAUAAAUAAAUAAAUGGAAAUGGACCCGGAGGGGACUCACGCAUCCACGAUGGAGAAGGUGCAAACUCCACACUGAGGUCUAGACCGGGAACCAAGCGUCUCGGUGACAGCGCUGGCCACUACACCACGUUCAGGCCGAGGCUGUGAAUGCGAUUGCUUAAGAGUCGUGACCUUUUAGAAAGGAGGAUUUAACUUGUAGCCAAGGCAGCCUUCUCAGUGAGGACCCUUGACCUUAUUAUAACAAGGCAUGAGUGAGAAACACCAACCACGCAGCCAAGUGAUUAGAGAAAGCUCCUUUAUUUCCGUCAAAAUCUCACUGAAAAGUUGACCAAUAUCUAAUCCGUAUACAAACCGCCCCUCCCGAUAACAACUGAAAUAAAACGAGUGUUCGGCACUUUGCGGCACACUGCCAUCAUGUUUCUUUACAAACUGCUCAGCUUUUUCUUCGCGGCCUCCAAAAAGGAGGAGGAGGAGGACGAGGACUCUCAACACGACCUUUCUCUUUACAAGCGGGGCGAUUUAUUAGAAGUCCCCAGGACAUUAUUCACACACUUUGGCAUCUACCUGGGCGACAAUCGCGUGGCUCACCUCAUCCCGGACAUCCUGCCCGCGAUUUCUAACAAUAAACCCGCCAUCGCAAAGAUGGUGACUAACAACCGGCUCUUGCUGGGGGUUCUCGCCAAGGUCGCCAGCGUCAGAGUGGACUCGGUGGACGAUUUCGCGUACGGCUCAGAGAUUCUGAUCAACCGCAUGGACACGGUGUGCAGCCAGCCUCCGCUGGACGGUGACGAGGUGGCCGGGAGGGCGGAGACACUUGUGGGUUCGGUCACGUACAGCUUACUGUGGGACAACUGUGAGCACUACGUCACGCACUGCAGAUACGGCAUGGCCAUCAGCUACCAGACGCACCAGUUCUGCACAGCGGUGCGGAAGAUCGUGUGCAGCAGGAUGAGCGCCUACCUGACCGCACUGUGCGGCGUGGGAGCCGCGCUGUAUGCGGGCUGCGUGACGUCACUGACAGUGACCCUGCUCGUCUCCUUCACCAUCUGGAUGGCCGCCUGACAGCCUCGCUGACGGGCCCAAUUAACCCACGGGACUGGAGGCUGAAGUCAAGUCCUGUGGGUUUAGCUGCACGGCUAAAGACGUUGGGAAACAAAUAUGUUCACAAUAAUAACAACAACAGCAGUAUUGUUUACUGUCUACGUUACAUAUCAUUAAUGUUCACUGGGCUUUAUUCAAGAUUGAUAUAAUUUUACACAACUCAUCGAUACAUAGACUUUGACUGAAGAGGCUGACAGGGAGACAUGAUGGAUGUUGAAGGAAUGUUUUAUUUUCAGUGUGAUGUACUUUAAAAAGUUGCCUUGGAUGAAUUGCAAGAAGUUUCUUAAUGGAAUACAGUAUUUAAAAAAAAUAUAUUGUGAAAGACAAAUGUGACAUGUGUUUGUCAUCCCAUUAAACAUGUACAGUAUUUCUA